AUGAAGGUGAAAUAUGCUGCCCAGGUACUAAGAGAUGCAUUGAAUUGGUUAAACAGUUGGGAAAGGAAUUUGGAACAAAAUUUAAUAACUGAUAAUGAUUUUCUGACAAAACAAACGGCAGAAGGUCUAAGAAUGACCAUUCAAUCUACAAUAGAUUUAUCUAAUUUCCUUUUAAAUGAUUGUGGCUUUGCAUAUGUUUUGAGCAAUAAAUUCAAUCAAGACCGUGUAGAGGUAUGA